UUAAUUAGAAAAUUUUGUAUAAAUACCGUCUGAAAUCGAUACCGAAGCAUUCUCAAGACAAUCAUCACCAGGGGAGCAAAAACAUGAAAAAGAUCUUCCUAUUUUUAGUCCUCAUCGGAGUGACUGUGGGCAAAAGUGAUAUAGAACCAACAAUCCUUCGCGGUCAGGAUGCACCCGAAGGAUUAGCUAAGUGGGGAGCGUCUAUAAGAUCCGACUAUUGGCAACACAUUUGCGGCGCUAGUAUCCUAAAUGAAAGAUGGCUUUUAACUGCUGCUCACUGCAUGAACAGUUACUGGCUAUAUCUACCGACGUUGAGCGUGGUGGUCGGUACCAACCAACUUCGAUCGGGAGGUCAAAGAUACAACCUUCAGACGUACAUACUUCACGAGGAUUACGACCCUACGACUCAGGAAAACGACCUGUGUUUAUUAAAAACAACUACACCAAUCGUUUACAACGAUAAAGUUCAACCAGCCGUAAUGCCAACCCAGGAAACGCCACCCGGCUCAAACCUCAUGUUGACUGGAUGGGGAGAAAUGGGAACCGAUGGCGAUAUUCCGGACAAUCUGCAAAUGUUAAACUUCACAUCUAUAGGCACCCAGGAAUGCGAUCAAAAAUACAAGGAAUUCUACGGAAAACGUGGAACGUCUUUCCCCAUCACUGACAAACAGCUCUGUGUGACUGCCAAGAAAGGAACCGGAGGAUGUAAGGGAGACUCUGGUGGUCCCAUCGUCAGAGAUUUAUCCUUAGUUGGUGUCAUGUCUGUUGAUGUUGUACCCUGCGGGUAUGGUGUACCAGAAGUGUCGACUAAUGUGAUCAAAUACAUUCCUUGGAUCAAGCUUUAUACAGGAUUGUAAAUUUCAUUAUUUUAGAUAAGCUUUAAUGACAUCAUUAAUAUAGUGCGUGAGCCUGUUUAUACAGCCUAUUUUUAAUGACAUUGUUAAAUUACGGUAGGCUGUACUCACGCAGUUUUUGAGCCUUAAAAUAACAGAAAUUUGUGGAUUUAGUACCUACUGAUUACAUACAUCAGCACAAUGUUCUAAAAAUAGGAGAAUAUGUUAUAAUCCUAUGGAAUGUAAUUAAAAUAAAUCACUAGCGAAAUGGCAUAGCUUUUUGUCAGUUCUCGGCCUAGAUUUAAGAACUGUUAUUAAACAAGAGUAAUUUAAUUUUUUUAAAGUUCACACAUGUACAAAAGUUAACAGAAUUCUUAAAGUAAUAAUUGUUUAAAUUCAAACAGUUGUUCAUAUAUUGUUUGUGGAGUAAAGCCAUUAUUAUUGUUUAGCGGCCAAAAUUAAUAAUGUAUCCUCAAUUUAUGAUUAUAACCAAUCUUGGACUGAUUCAUAUCUAAAGACCGAUCUCCAAUCUGCAUGCCAAUAAACAUUUCUGCUAUC